CUGAAAGCAGCUCAGAUGGACCCGGGCCAACGCCGCGUACCCGCCAAGCCGCCAACCCACGUGACCCGAGCCGGCCGAUUGGGCGAACCGAGAGCGUCGGACCGACCGACGGCAAGCGCCAUAUGGGCAGCCGAGACUCAGGAGUCCACUCUGUUUGUCAGCUUUGGAAAGGAGCGCUGGGAACGCUGGGAUAGUGGCGGUGGGAGCUGCACCGUCGCCAUGUUCUGUGCAGCGAAGCCGCCCGGCUCCGUGUCGCCGGCCAGGAGGCAGAUCAGGGAGGUCAAAGAGACCAAGAUCACGAUUAACUGCGUGACCUUCCCUCUGCCUGGAGAAGGUCCGGAGCAGCAGCUCCUGAAGCCCAACGAAUGGAGCUACUGCGACUUCUUCUGGACCGACAAGAAGGACCCCCAGGGCACCACCUCGGUGGCGGGCUUCGAGGUCCUCCUGCAGAAGCAGCUGAAGGGCAAACAGAUGCAGAAGGAGAUGUCCGAGUUCAUCCACGAGAGGAUAAAGAUUGAAGAGGAAUACGCCAAGAACCUCUCCCAGUUGUCUGUGAGCCCGCUGGCAGCUCAGGAGGAAGGGACUCUCGGUGAAGCCUGGACUCAGCUGAAGAAGAGUCUCCACGACGAGGCCGAAGUCCACAUGAAGUUCUCCAACAAGCUCCACUCCGAGGUAGAAAAACCUUUGCUGACGUUCAGGGGCGACAACUUCAAGAAGGACCUGAAGAAGUACGACCAUCACAUCGCCGACCUCAGGAAGCAGCUCGCCAGCCGCUACGCCGGCGUGGAGAAGGCCCGUAAAGCCCUGGCGGACCGGCAGAAGGAUCUGGAGGUGAAGACGCAGCAGUUGGAGAUCAAACUCAGCAACAAGACGGAGGAGGACAUCAAGAAGGCCCGCCGGAAAUCCACACAAGCAGGAGACGACCUGAUGCGCUGCGUGGAUCUGUACAACCAGACGCAGUGCAAGUGGUUCGAAGAGAUGGUGACCACCAGCAUGGAGCUGGAGAAACUGGAGGUGGAGCGGAUCGAGUGGAUUCAGCAGCACUUGCGUCAGUACACGACUCUGCGGCACGAGACGGACAUGUUCAAUCAGAGCAUGGUGGAGCCGGUCGACAAGCUGCUGCAGAACGUGGAUCCGGCCAAAGACCGGGAGCUGUGGGUGAAGGAGAACAACACCGGCGAGGUCCGACCCGUGGACAUGAGCAUAUGAGGGCGCCCUGACUUGGGACCAGCCGUUCCGUCUCCAGUAUUACAACACGCACAGAGCCGCCCGCCGACGACCCCGAUCCGGGGGACGGUGCAUGUCCAGACCCCCUCGGAGGUCUGCUCAAAGGGAACGUGCCAGUGGAUCGGUCCCAGCAUGCUCCUUCUAAAUUAACCCCAACGUAACCAACAUUAGCUUAUCGAACGCCAUCCAACAUAUUCAGCUGUUUACAUGUUGUAAAGUCGACAUUAUUAGAAAAUGUAUUUUGAAUCGUUUGGUUUAGCUUCAAUCUACACUUCUCACACAAAGAAAAAACAAACAAAAAAACUCUCAUUAUUUAUAUUACCUUUAUUUUAGAUACGGACAUCAAGAUCUUAGACUGAAUAUGAUAUAUUUUCAUAUUUUUCCGGAUCACUUUCUUGGUGGAAAUGCAUGUUUUGAGAAGCUCUCUCUCUCUGUGUCUGGAGGGCUGCACAACGUGGUGGAGCCACGAUGGUUGUCUGUGGUGUAGUUGGUCAAAGUUCUUUGGAGUGUGAUGGAUCAGAUUGAGGCCGGGGUCGACGGUGGAGCAGACCGGAGGAAGAAAAGCUGGUGCGAGUUCCACUGAAACACCUUUUAGUGCCUAGCGUUAAACGCCUGGAAUGUCCUUGACGUACUGCAUCAGUGUACAGACGAGGUGUCGCUUGUUUUAUUCUUGUUGUUUGGGGGGGUAUACAGAGAAUAUGACUCGUCCCAGUUUGCCCCAAAUGGGAAGAUAAAAAAAAAACGUUUUAUCGGAGCCUGCAUGACCAGUGUGCGUUCACGUGAGUGUGUGUGUGUGUGUGCGUAUGUGUGUGCGUCCUGUCUCUUUUUUUUACCGUGGUCGUGGCGCUCUAGAUUUAUUGGGAUUAUUACCUUUCUGUGUCUCUUUUUUAUAUUUCUCAAAAGCACGAAGCCAAUCAGAUUAAAGCUUAAAGUCGCAAUCCAGCUGCUGAGCACAAGAAAAUAAUUGCUGUUAAAAAACAAAUAUAUAUAUAUUAUAUACAUCAAUAAAUAUAGAUGCUUGCCUGCCUUCAGUCACAAUGCGCAGAGUGCUUUACAUGGACUGUGUUAAAUGAAUGGACUCCACGUUUAAAGAGCACAUCUCUGUUGUAAAAGAUUAAUCUGUUUAUGUGUGUGUGUCAAUGUUGUGCACUAAAUGUUCUAUUACGUUCCAACUAAAUGUCCCAACGGCUUCAGGGUGACGUAGCGGUCGAGUUCAACCCCCUCCGUGAUCAACGUUUUCAUAACGUGCGUUCAGUUCCGAUUUCCCGUGUUUUUACGAAUGUUGGCUCGUGGGUGACCUCUGACCUCCGUGGAAUGCAGUGUCAAAAAUAAAUCUCCUCUCUGAAAAGA